AUGCACACUUGCAAGCCAAACUGCCAGACGUAUGAAAAGAAAAUCGAAACAAUACAGUAUCGCGGGAGCCAUCCCGACUCAUACAGUCAUAUACGGAGAAAGCAUAAAUUGGGAGAUGAAACAGAAUUCUUCAAAGCUGAAAUUGAGAUUUCAAAAGAACCUUAUGAAAAAUUUGUCGAACAACCAAUUUACACCUGGGAAGACCUGAUUUCGGACAUUGGUGGAACUGUCGGCCUUUUCCUCGGCUUGAGCAUUACUGAACUGGCAUUUGGCUUUCUUGAUACUCUCGGCCGCGCGGCAACGCGAACUUGGUGGAUUCUCAGCUGCAAAUUUCAAGUCCGCUCGGGCCAGUCCCUCAGUGUCAAGCAUGUUCAACUGUCUCCGUACAUAACCUUGGGCAAAGAAAAAAUCUAG